AUUGAAUAAAUUUAAUUUUUAAUUAGUGAAUAUAAAUGGGGUGAGUUUAAUAACUAAAAGAGUGAGUAUAGAUAAGAUGAACUUAAUAGUUUAAAAUAAAAUGAUUAAAUGAGGUAAAAAAUGAGAUUUAAGAGGUGCCCUUUAAAGUAUAAGGAAGAAAAGUGUUCCGGGUGAAACCACAUGAAGGCAUUGCAGAGUUUGAACGGGGUAAAAUUGUAACUUUAUGGCACAGGUAUUGUUGGAAAACGGCAUAUACAACAUAUUUCUUCCCUGGGGGAAAGCUUCGGGCUGCUCCAGCAAUUUGGAUAAAGCUUCGGGCUGUUCCAGCAAUUCGGAUGAACCAUCCACAGCACGUAUGAGUGUCCAUUUAAUUCAAAAUCGUAAGAUUCACGGAUUCAACAUGAGUUGUGUGUACGGGGUAAAAAAAUAUGAUUGGUUCGGUGCAGGAAGUAUUAAAAUUGAAGUCUAUAAUAGGCGCAAGAAGAUUUGUCACUACUAUCCAAUGUUUACUGGAAUUCCAGAACCAAACGAAUAUAUCAUCUGGUUAAGUCAUUGGAAGCUCAAAGAGUUGAAUCGGUGGAAACAGUUUAGUGAGUUCGAACCUGGUGAUGAAUUAAAUUUUCGGAUUGAAAUACGUGCUUCGGAGGUAAAAGAGUUCAAAAUCAAUCCUAUAUACUAUGAGCAUGAAGAGAAGAAUGAUGAUGAGCAUGAAGAAAAGAAUGAGCAAUCAAUCAUUGAAGAUAUGCUUGGAUCUACAUCACCAUUUGGGGACACCACAUUUGUCGAACCAAUGAAUGGUUCGGAGGUAAAUGAGGUCAAAAACAGUUCAGUGUGCAAUGUGCAGGAAAGGAAUGAUGCCCAAUCAAACCGUGAAGAUAUGCAUGGACUUCCCCAAAAAAGAAGAAGAUAUGCUUAGACUUCAUCAGAAUAUUAGGGCACCACAUUUCGUUAUUGUUUUCUUCAAUUAUCCAAGCGACUUUGGAUUGCUAUGAACAUCAGUCUUUGUAGUUUGUAGCAUUUAGCAUUAAAGGGACAGAAAAUUGUGUUCGGCCUCGCCACUGCCACAGUCUCUUCAA